AUGUCAAUUAUAACCAACAGAAUGGCGUUGUCAACCAUUGGGGAUGGUCAAUUGAACUCCAACCAGUCUUUAAACUGCUCAACACCGCUAUCCAACAAGCAAAGAUCCAAGUUGCAUCAAAACACAGACGAUUUCAAGCUCAAGCGUAUCCUCACACCUAGUAAACACAAAAGAAGGUUUCCUGAUAUGGUAACCAAGUCAUUUUCAAUUGAAAAAUCAGGCACGUACUACACCAAAAGCAGCAAUGUCAGAACACCAGCAUUGAAAUCAACCAGCUUUGCCGAGUACAACACGUCCGACACUUCACCCACUUUGCAUUUAAAAUCUUCAUCAUCUGCAUUUAAAAACGACAAAGCAGGCUUAGCUGCUACAAAGUUGAAGUUGCGAUUACAGCUUGCCCUUUACAAAGUGCAACAAAACAAAGCAACGACAACCACUACCACCACCACUACCAGGGACAACAAUACAAAAAGUGACAACUUGAACCCAAUUUUGAGUCCUUCUCAAUCCAAGAAAGGAACUCCCACUGCAUCUCCAAAUUACGAAACAAAAGCUAAAUCUAUGUCAUCAUUACCCACACCACCCGAGCCCAAGACGUACUACGCCAAAUCGAUCAAUGUCAACUUACAAUCAAUAUCAAAGCCAUCCUCAUCCAUCACUACGUCCUUGUCAACAGUUGCUCAAAGCAAGACCAAAAAAAGAGACCAAAAAUUGAAACUAUUCCAAAUCAAGAAAAACAGCAUCCAUUACUCAGAAACUCAAAAGAAGUUGCCAUUGAUUCGCGAAAAGCCAAAUGUCAAGUCUACACCCAGUUUCAACAUUUUUUGUCCCACAUUCAGCAUAAACGGUUCAAUGAACUUGUCCUCAAUUAGUGUACCUUCAGUAGCAAACAAUGCCACCACUGCGUUACCAGCAAUCACUGUAAAUCGCAAACCUGACACUCAAUUGCCCCCAAUUAACAAUAUUUUGAAAACCCCAAUAAAACGCGCUAGUCUCUCGAGGUCAUUGAGGUUUCAACAAUCGUUCAACAAUGCAGCGCCUACCGUCAUGGCCUCAAGAAUGCCUACAACUGUGGAUGACACCAUUGACGAAGAUAACGAUAUGACAAUGUUGCAAAAUACCACCAUCCACAACAGUACCAUUGAUCAGUCAACCAUAAUUAGCAAGGAUAACGACGAAACCAAAAUCCAGGACGACGAAGAUGACUCUGACAACGACGAACAGGAAGAAGAGAAAAAGACAGUUUUAACAUCAUCACCUUUCCAUAACAAUUUGGGGACCCCUAACAGCUUCAGUGUGGCCAAAUCAUUAUUACAAUUGGGUGGCCACAGAAUGUAA